AUGUUACUUGGACUAUUGUUGCUAUUGUCUUGCUCAACCACAACGGACUCAGAUUUUGAAUCAGUACACGUCGAAAAAGUGGGGGGACAUUCUCCAACUUAUUUGGAAGCACCCGGGAACUCACAAGGCAUAUCACUGUUUGCACAAGAAUUCAUGCUGCUUAUGGAGAAUAGCUUUGGAAACCCCCCAGAUUAUCGUGGAUCUCCCGCAUCUUUGGUCCCACUGACCAUUCCAACCUCCCCUACCAACCAUCGCACACGUUCAGCACCCUCUUUCAGCCACCAGCCCAUCAUUCGCUUCACAUGCACCUCAAACAGCCCAUCGUUCACUUCACAUGCACCUCAAACAGCCCAUCUUGGACAUCACGAGGUGUCCAUUUCCCCUGCCAGCUCAUCAACCACCUUACAUGCACCCACUACGCACCCCCCAACCUCAACUACAACACUGCCUUCUCCCAAACGUAAACACGGUAGCCCGAAAGGGAGCAUGAAAUCAAAGCCAGUGACAUACGGCCUGUGUCCAAGACUCAGACAGCCUCCCAGAACUGGGUAUAAGCAGAGGCUGAGGGCAUCGUUGGGUGAGGAUGCAGCUCAGGCGGCAAAGAGACUGAGGGGACGACCCCGGAAACAGGAUUCAUCACCUGUUUCUGUGGAAUUUGGAAAAAUGAUGGUCUCUGGAACACCUUCAAGACAUGAAGGUCCUUCUUUCCAGGCACCACGGGCCCUGUUACAUGGCCCAGGUUCAUCUGUUCCACCUACACCAUCUCUGCUUAGCAACACAGCCAUAUCGCUUCCAUCUCAGACUGCUGCAGCUGCAAGUAGGACUACAAUACAGCUUCCUGAUGCAUUUCUCAGCACCCCUGCACCUGGUCCUCAUCUAUUGGAUUUGUCAGUAACAUGUCACACAGCCUUCAAAAUCGCCAAAAUGUAA